GAGGGGCUGGCAAAGACAUGGACAUCCAGAUGUGUGAAGUGUCUUUUGAAAAUGGAGCGGGACGCUAAAGAGGUAAUAAAGCAGAGGACAUAGAGAGGGGGACAAGGGAAGAGAAGAGAUGCAGGAAGGAAUACUAAUAUGGCGUCUUUUCAGCAUGGAGGAUAAAGUAUUCUGGAGAUGGUGAGGAAGUACAAAGUUCCUUCAGGAUGUGUUUACCGACCGUUCACUGAUGUCAAAUGCUAAAGGGGAACAUCAAGGAGAAAAGACUGCGUGCCGGUCAGAAGACGCUCCAAUGACAGGAAGCAAGGUGAAAAAUCUCACUCCUGCUGCUCAGGUUGGAUCUGGGACGGUUUUGGGUGCAGUUUCUGCAAAGAUGCAUUCUCCACAAUUACGGGAUCAAGGGGAUAAAUGAGAAUCUAACCGGGCUUUGAGAGCAAAUGACAAUCCAAAACCAUUCUGCAAAAAGGACUCAACACAACAAACCAAUUUUCAGCAUUCCAGUUUGCUUGUCAAGGAUCAACACCCUUUUAUUGGUCAUUUCUCCACAGUUUCUGACAGGAACAUUUAUGAACAUAUUUAGGUUUGAAGAGACUGCUUUGGACAUUUUAAAGGAGAGCAUUUUCAUAUCUAUAAAAGCUCUGCAGGGUCAUGCAACAAUGCAAUAACUUCUACAGAAAUCAUAUCCACCAAAGAUUUUUCCAAGAUUUUCCAUACUUGGUUUUCAAGAACUCCUCUUGAUAAGCUUUUUUAACUUAAAACCUCUCAUCAAAUUCCUAAUUAUCGACAUGAAUCAAAAGUGGGAGAGCCAGUAAUCAGAGAACUUUUAAUCAGAGAAACAUUUGUGAAUCAAAAUGUUGAUGAAAACUACAUAAUUUGAAAAAGAGACUUUUUUCAGUGGUAGAAAGUUGGGCACAUUGAUUCCCAAUGUGAAUGUCUUCACUCACACAUUUGGACAAUCCAAACUUCUAAAACCAGUCUGUGGAUCCGUGUUAGAGACCUUUUACUUCUCUUCCUAAUUUUUUAUAAUUUAGUUGUUCAGUAAUUGUUCAGCAUCCAAUUAAUGGUGCAUCUCUUUCUAACCAGAAAUUGAUCUUUUUUUGUCAAAUCUUUGUAAUCUCAGUUAUAGAAAUUAAGAAGGAUUCUUUAAGGGACUUGUGACCUAUUUUAUUUAUUAAUCCAUCUCUAACUCUGUAAAAUAUAUCCUCACUUUGGGUUGAGCAUCUCCAACCAGGCCAGAAGUGGUUGCAGCAUUGCAGCAUGGGACUCAGCUGCUUUAAGUCUUGGAAAUAUGACAGUACAGGCCACAAAGGUAACAGAGAUGUGCUGGCCAGUCCAGGCUCCUAUUUCUUCCUAUCUAACAGCGCCGGUCAGGGUGAUGAGUGGUUGAAGAGCCUUAACAAGGGAGUCUGGAUCCCUUUCACAGGGGUUUUUGGGCAACGACUGGAGGAGACGGUACUGUAUGAGCGUCGGUAUGGGGUGCGCUUGGUUCCUCUGGUGGUGGAGCAAUGUGUGACAUUUAUCCGUGAACGUGGUCUGCAUGAGGUGGGCUUGUUUCGCCAGCCUGGACGCACCAGUCUGGUGAAAGAGCUCCAGGAGGCUUUUGAUUCUGGUGAAAGGCCGUCUUUUGACAGCAGGACAGACGUCCACACUGUGGCAUCACUGCUGAAGCUCUACCUCAGGCAGCUACCAGAACCUCUGGUUCCCUACAGCCACUACCAGGACUUUCUGCUCUGCGGUCAGAAGCUGUUUAGUGACCGUACAGUGGGUCUGGAGGAGUUGAAGAAUCUUCUUCAUGAGUUACCUGUUGCAAACUUCAACCUACUCAACUUUAUCUGCCAGUUUCUGAAUGAGGUUCAGAGCUGCUCCAGCAGUAAUAAGAUGAACGUCCAGAACUUGGCGACCGUGUUUGGACCAAACAUCCUUCGAGCCAAAGCUGAAGAUCCAGAAAGCAUCAUGGGAGCUGCAAAACUGGUCCAGGUGCUCAUGUCCGAGCUGAUCAGAGAACAUGAAACUCUGUUUGCCAACUUCCCUCCUUCUGCCUGCUCUCAUCCUUCUGCAACGCCUUUGAAGCAACCCCAUCUCCAGCCAUGGCCCUGCCUUCGCCAGCUGUCUUUGCCUCUUAUUGCAGACCACUCCAGUGAAUCAGGACCACCAGCCACACAUGCAGACCACUCUAGUUGUAUCUUCUCUGCUGCUGGUAAAUCAGACUUGCUCUCUGGUCAGAAGAAACACCUUGGCCAUCGCUACACUUCCUCCCAUCCAGAGAACUGCUUCUACCCCUUGCCUUCUUCCAGUGAGCCCAUCAACCACCACCCUGGCAGGCAAGAAGGAGAUUUUUACAAGUACCAUGCUGGGCAGAGUUUACCUCCUGCAAAUGCUCAGCCCACAAUAACCAACCCCCCGCUACAGGCCCAAAAUUCAAAUCAGGGGGCAAUGGGAUGGCAACGCCAAGAAAAGGCAGCCUCUGCCUACUGGAGCUGUAGUGGAGCAGAGGGAGAGGGUGAUAUUCCUGAAGCAGCCAGUGGGGGGAGCAGUCAAGCACAGGAGGACAGUACACCCUCUGUCUAUGACAACCUGGACAGAGCCUCUUUGUCUCACACAUUGGAGAAUGUUCCUACUGAGAACUUUGAUUCAGAUUCUCCGGGAACCAAUGUUGAGAUGUGCGAAGCAGAGGUAGAUCGAGCCGAACUGGGGAAGGCAGGAGACUCCUCUUCCUCAUGGUCUUCCUGUGAAGUUCUACCAUUAGAUGAAAGCAAUGAUGACCUGGAGGUCAGUAGUCCUGAUAUCCCACCUAAGAGAUCCAGAAUGGUGCCUCUGAGUCAGAGAACAGAACAGGAAAUCUGUGAUAAAGAUGAGCAUGACAGCAAUGGUGCCAAGCAACAUCCAAGCUCCUGGGCUUCCUGUUCUGUCAUCAGCAUCAGCCCUCUCAGCACAGGGAGCUCAGAGGUCUUCCUCCCCUCUGGGGCUCCGGAUCUCCAGGUUCAAGAGUCUCAAGCAGAGUCGAGGGACACUCAUUCUCUGCUAGUCAACCUGAGGCAGCAGAUGGUUCAGCAGAAGGCAGAGUACCAAAACAGGAUUGAGAGGUUGGAGCGCUGCAAUGACGUCCUCGAACGGCAAGUUGCCGUUCUGCGACUCAGUCUGGAGCAGCAAAGGCGAAGCCAGAGCGUGGCAGAGAUCAAGAUCAGAAACAUGGAGCGAGCCAAGGCAGACGCAGACCGCCGGAACACCACCCUUCAGAGGGAGAUGGAGCUGUUCUUCAGGACAUAUGGAGAAAUAAGGAGAAGAGGAGGAGAUCUGGGAAGAGCUGGCGGAGGAAGCAUCUGAAGACUGAAAGUUGAUUGUUUUUCUCAGCAGGAGUGGAAAAGGGAAGAAAGAAGCUGCAAUUAGCAGCGGACGGAUUAUGUCAAGAUGAGUUAAUGGUAUGAAAACAGAAACAAACACAUUAGUGAAGGUUCACGUUAUUGAAGGUCAGGUCUGAUGGCAUUUUUUAGAAAUUUGCCUUUAAAUCUCAAAUGAAUUCUUGUCUUCCUAGGAAACUCAGGCAGCUCACUGAAGCCUGUGACGUAAGAUUGAGACUCAGUCAGUCCCAUGUGUCUCCAGGUGACAAAGCAUCAGUUUUAUGUUCCACAUACUCUUUACAGUCAAAAGUGUACACCUUUAUUUACUCCAAAAAGCCCAGACUUGAUGAUGUAUAAAAGAUUUAAUGUGUCGUCGUCACCUGCUUUGUUAAAACAGUUGACAUAUUGACAUUAAAGACCAUUUUGCUCUUUACGGAAUCAUGGUGGAAAUUAAAUAAAAUUCAUAAAUUAUAAUAUGUAAAACUAAAAUUUAUCCCAACACUUUAUUAAUUUUGUUUUUAGGACAUCUUUAAGAAUCAUCAGUAAAUAUUUUAGUUCCACUUUUACAAACCUAUAAGGUCCAAUCUCUACACAGCGACUUAUUGAAUAAGAACUCCCACUAAAAGCAGUGAAGAACACACAACUACUGAACUUUAAACAGGUGGGGGUCCACCGGACAGAUUCAUUACUCACAGAUUCUUCAAAGGUUACUUUUGAUGAUUGUGGCCAAUAAAAACCCAAACUGAGCUCAUUAGAAUGUUUUAUACUGCAUUAAAUAAAUAAUAAAACUUGGUUAAAUGACAUAAAUGCUGACAUUUUGAUUUCUUGAGACAUGAAAGACCUGCACAUUUCAAAUCACAUCCACCUAGACUCAAUAUUUAUGUUGGCGCAUUAUCAUUUGAAACCUGAAGCCACUGUUUUCUGCAUGAAAAAAACUUUCUAAUAAAACCUAUUUUAAUCCACUUUCAUCAAUUAUUGCCAGUUAAUCUGACAUGAUUUAAAUGACAACUGAAAGCAGGUCUCUUCACAGGAGGAUGAGAUCUAUUGUGAUCAACGUGGAAAUUAUCUUUGUCAUGAAGUGCCAAUGAAAUUUGUUAAAAUAAAUUUUAAACCAAAAACAAUAAAGCUCAGACUUUUUUUUUUUUUUUCCACAGAGGAUAAAAUAUUUAUUGUCAAACUGUGCCGGCAACGUGAACUAAACUGUACAGACACUAAAAAAAAAAAAAAAUCGAAAACAAAUAUAAAAUGAAAAUCACUGAACUGAAACGUUCUAUCAGGACUGAGUCACACAUACAGACAGAACAUCAAACUGUGAUGCUUCAGACUGAUUAAAGGGGGACAGUGUCACACUGACCACUAAGCACCUGUUAACACAAGUACUAUGGACUCAUCUUUAAAUGGAAAGUAGAUGCAUCACAUGUCAACAGUUAGUGACCACACAGAAUGACCGCAUCUGAAUACGACCACAGCAGUUACAAGCGGUAAACUUUCAGGAUUUUUUCUUUUAUUACCAGAAAAUAGUAAUAAGAAAAAAAAAAAGAUUAACUUUAUGGUCAAAGGUGCCAAUAAAAAAAAAAAUAAUAAUCUAGUUUCUUAAUGAAAAGGCUUUGGACGUGUAAUCUUACAGAAACGUUUAUAUAUAGUUAGCCAUCAUCUGCAAACCAGCACAGCAAAUAACUUAGCUAAAUUAAGAAAACUUGGCAGAAGACCAUAUUUUGUUAUUUAGGGAGAAAACAUAUGAAGUGUUAAAGUAUAUAUGUAUAUAAAAACCAUGUUGUAAAAACAAAUUCCUUCAAACGCAGCCGUCUGUAGAAACAGUGGAGAAAAUGGAGUUCAUUUAGUGAAAAUUUCACAUUUCUUUACAAGAAGUUUGAGCUCAGAAAACUACAAACACUGCAGUGUGUUAGGGGAGCACAGAUCUCUGAUUUGAACUCUGGAUGUCUUUAUCCCUUUGAUUUCUAACUGGAAUAAUGUCUGUAAAGCUAAAUAUGUUAAAUCUUUACAAUGAAAAAGGAAGAAAAAAACACAAAAAUUUAAAUAAUCCAGCUUAACCUUCCACAGGGCAGGAGCCUGUCAAUUCUUCCUGAGACGACUUUUACAAUAUAUCUGGAAUAAUUUUUCUCUGUUGGUUUGAUCACCACUUCAGUGGUUUGACUUCUUCGUCCCAUCCUGCUUGGUGCCUCAUUAACAAGGUAAAUGAAAACAGUUUCUACAGGGGAUAAAGUGCAUUGUUACAUCUGGGACCAUAAUCGCGUUUUAACUUCAGCUGAACAAAACAGCAGGUGUCAAGAUGAAGCUUUACAUAACAGUUCAAACAGCAAAAGGUGAAAGAGAUUAUUUGAUUUUACACACAACAUCAGCACAUAUAGAAAUGUUUUGCUUUUUUUCUGUUGAGGUGUUUGUGGCGGACAUGUUGGAAAGUUUAUCCUAAGUGGUCACGACUCAAAGGUCCCGUGAAAAGUGAUGUUUUUUUUGGUACCCAGCAAAAGUAGUGACAUGAAUACAACAGAGUUCAUUAGACUGAAAACAAAAGAAUCACGAUAGAUGCAGCGAGCAGGAAAUCUUUCAGUGACUAUUUUGACCUUUGUAGUUUUGGACUUUAAUAGCUGUCAAUUCAGAAGAAUUUUCCUCAGAGUGAUGUCAACAUGACAGUAUCUGGGCUGUUGGAGAGAAAAAACAACAACAAAAAAAAAAACACUUAAAAUCUUCUACAUUAAUGUGAAAUAUUUGCAAGAAAAAAAAGUGAUAUUCUGGGUUUGACUUCGCCAUGAACGCCUCAAACAGGCCUAGGAUAAACAAUGAGAGGAAAGCUGCAUGGAGUCUGAACUCUGGAGAUGUUCAGAUACAGGAAACAUUACGACUGCUGCAUUUUCUGUGGCAAAUGUCUGAUUACAUGAAAAUACAUCAGCUUAAUCAUCACAAUUUAUGCUCUUAAUCGUGUAAAAUUAUGUUUUUUUCCCUGUGUUAACAUUCGACAUUGGAGAAUAUCUAAUCGUUUUAAAUGUGUGAAGAUAAUUUAAGAAUUUCAGAGUUUGGCCACAUUAUUUCUUCCACUUCAUUUUUUUAUCUGCGACGGCCCUACUGCUCAGGAAAUGUGACUCAAAUAACAUCUAACAUAAAAAGUUAUUUUGGUUUGAUCGGGGCGUUAAUGUCAUGAAUCAACUAAAGUAAGACUAAAUCUAGCGGAAUUAGAUACAGAUUUGACUUUUUACACAUCUUUAUCUGCAUAAUUCAUCAAAAUACUUGACUAAAAUUAUAAAAAAAAAAAAAAAAAUGAGUAAAAUACAGGAGUGUGAAGCAGGAAGGGAUGAAAUGAGGGAAAACGCCUAUAAAUUAAUCCAAAGAUGAAACUAAACUAUUUUUUCUAAAACAAACAAACAAAAAAAAAAAAAGCUGGGUAAAAAUUGUCAA